AUGAGUGCGGCGCCCCGGGUGGGCUACAGCAGCAGCAGCUCCGAGGAUGAGGCUGAGGCCGGGGCCCGGGGCCGGCCGGGGACUGGAGGCUGCAGUCUGGGCCAAAGCCCCCUUCCCAGCCAGAAGUUGCCAGUACCCGACAGUGUACUGGACAUGUUCCCGGGCACCGAGGAGUGGCCUGCGGAUGGUAGCGCAAAACACGGGGGCCGGGUGCUCACCUUUCCCCACGAGCGGGGCAACUGGGCCACCCACGUCUAUGUACCAUGUGAGUAA